ACUUCGGUCGAUGAAACUGGUUCUACAGACCAUUCUAGGUCGGGUAAUCCAAAGAGAGACCCGUCUUCGUCCUGCAACGCAGUUGCAGUUCAUCUAGUUCCUGUUAAAAGUCGAAUCUCAAGUUUUACAUUCCUCCACUUGUGAACAAAAUAUCGAAAUGAGUUCUACGCACCUAGCAGCUGGCUCUGAAAAGCCGGAGGAAGUGGAAGGUCUGGCGCGUCUAUAUAGCAUGAAACAUUGUCCUUUCGUUCAUAGAAUAAAGCUUAUACUUUCUCUGAAGGAUGUUGCUUAUGAGAUUGUCAAUAUCAAUUUAAAAAAUAAACCAGAGUGGUAUUUAGAAAUUAAUCCGAAAGGCACAGUACCGAGUUACAUAGACUCGAGUGGUGAAACAUUAACGGACUCUCUUUUAAUAGCGAACUUCUUGGACGAGAAGUAUCCUGAGCCAGCUCUCUAUAACGAAGAAACCAAAGCUCGUGAUCUAGAACUACAAGAUCAUUUCACUAAAAUUGCAAUUAUUUUUAAAAAUUGCCUAUUGGAAGAAGACAAGAGGCCACUCGAGGAAAUUGUGGCAGAGAUUAUGGAUUAUUUAGAUACAUAUGAGCAAGAGCUUAAUGUCCGCCAAACACCUUUCUUCGGAGGAAGUAAACCCGGUAUGUUGGAUAUUCUGAUUUGGCCGUGGGUUGAAAGAGCGAAAGUUUUACCGUUGAUUUACAAACAAUCAACAGGUUUCGAUAAAGAAAGAUUUCCUAAUCUCAUGAAAUGGAUAAGCGAGAUGAAGGAGCAGCAGUGCGUUAAAGAAAAUAAAUAUUCAUUCGGAGAGUUUGCUCAGCAUUUGGAACUUGUAAAAUCAGGAGAACUCGCGUAUGACUUUUAGAUGUAAUUUAAUUACGUCUGAAAUAUAGGUCUACAAGAGACAAUACAAAAGGGCAAAGACAAAUAAUGCAAAAUCUUGCUUGAUAGAAAUUAAUAAAUUAACACGCUAUACUGACAUUUAUACGCUUGUAAUGCGAGUCGCGAUAGCAUUUCUUCAUCGCACAAUCACGAGCUAUACAACCAAAGAGUAUAUAAGCUGUCUUUGCAUGAAAAGAAGAGAAAACUUUUCUAUAUUAUACAUUAUAUAAAAAUAAUUUUAUAAGUUGUAAUAAAAUUUAUUUGUUUUGUCACAAUCUAAUACUAUAACACAAUACAACAACGAAACGAAAAAAUUUAA